CUUUGUAUCAAAACUUCUAGUUUUGCUUCCGCGCUUGCUCCGCCGCCACCCUCUCUCUCUCUCUCUCUCUGUGUGUGUGAUGGCGAGUGGUGUCUGUUGCGUUUUGACGAAGCCCUUGUUGCUCUAUCAUCAUCACUGUGGAGCUGUGAAAAAGUCUCAAGUAGCAACUCUAGAUGUAAAUGAACUCUCAUGCCAAGCAACUUCCAGUAAAGUGGCGAAAAUUUUUAGGCCUCGCAACUUGAUCGAUCUUAACAUCGUUGUCAAAUCAAAAUGCCAAGAUUUCCUACUAGUAUCCUGCCAGCAGCAUCUUUGUGUUUCUGAAGCCCAUUUUUUUGCUGAAAGUUAUUGUAGGCAUAUGAAAAUAGUUGGAUACUGGAUUGGGCCUGAUAUUGAAGAUGGAUGUGGUUAUGUUGAGGCUAUUUUGUCUGAAACUUUAUUGUAGAUAUUGACUUUGAUAUUUAUUUUAUUCUUUCU